AUGAGUCCUGCCGAGAUCGUGCUCGCAUUACUGGCCAUCUCCUGUUCCAAUAUGGGGGCAUCGGCGUGGAUCAAUCCCGACGGAUGCGGCCAGACGCCCAUAGCCCCGCAGCUUGAAAGCCGCGAAGACAGGGUGGUCGACGGCCAGGAAGCCGUGCCCGGCAGCUGGCCUUGGCACGCGGGACUGCACAGCAGCCCUUUUUUCGAGAGCGCGUACUUUUGCGGCGGUGCGCUCAUCUCGGACCGCCACGUUCUGACCGCCGCCCACUGUCUCGAGUACCACGCGGCCGCAAACACCUUCGUUCACGUGGGCGCCCACAGUCGAAGCAGUCGCGACGUCACGGAGCAGUACGUGGGCGCCGAACACCUCUGCAUGCACGCUGAUCCAGAGAGGGACAUUGGAAUCGUCAAGCUUACCAGCAGCGUAAACUUUACGGACACAGUUCGACCAGCAUGCCUGCCUGAACCCGGUUCCGAACUGCCUGACCGCACGACGCUCUACGUCACAGGCUGGGGCCAGACAGACGAGGGGGAUCCCUCAUCGCGAGCCGAGCGGCUGCAGCAGUUGAGGACCAAGAGCAUCGCCAACGAGCGCUGUGUCAAGGAAUUCCACGACGUACCGGACUACCUUAUUUGUGGCUCUUAUGACGACGGCACACCUUGUCAGGGUGACAGCGGGGGACCCCUAGUGCGCAAGGGCGAUGACGGUGCCUGGGUUCUCCAGGGAAUCGUCCACAGGGGUGGCAAGCUAUGCAAAUCCUUUCAGUUCAGGGCCAUGCGCUACAUGAAGGUCUCUCACUUUGUCAACUGGAUCGACGAUUACAUGCGAGCCGACGCCGCGGGGCGCGCCGAUAUUUUCUGCGACAUGGCACCAAACUUCAAGCUUGACAGGGGUGUCUGAACGGUCGGCGCUCCGCACGGCUUCAGAGAAGAGCCUCACACAUGAGCCAAUCAAAGACUGUACAUCGCAGAUGGUGCAUCGUUUGACA